GCUGUUUCGUAAAGAAGUACCAUCUCAAAUGGAACCCAGCUUCUCUUAUAGCUAAAAAGAGCUUCUCUGACGAUAAGGGGGCCAAUUUCUGCAAACUUUAAAUUUGCAAGGAUAGACAUAGGCUUUCUACCUAAUAGGAUUUGAAUUGCAAAACUAGACCCAAAACUACUACUGAUAGUCUAGAUGGCUGCUUUAAAGCAAUGAGUACUCUCAGUCCCUACAUAUUUCAUCUCCCUCUUUGGUUCAUAAAUUUUGAAACAAACACACAUAUGCACUCAUUAAUCACAAUUUAAGAGAAAAAAAAAAGGAAUUGAUAGAUUAAACGUAAGAUUUAUGUCCAUGGAUAAUAUAAAUAUAAAAUUCUAAGAUGAUGAAAAAGAGUAUUGAUAUUCUGAAAUCUAAUAGAAGGUUGGAUUAGGAUAUAUAUGUGUGAACUUAGUCUGAAUGGCUCCUAUUUUCCUUUCUUUAUUCUUUUUCCCCUUUUAUCAUCUAGUGACGUGUAAUCGUCAUCCUGCAACAUAUUGUUGUCAUGCAAGGCUAUACAUACGGACAUAUUGUGUCUUUUCCCAUCGUCAAACAGCUAUUUAAUUUCUUUCGACGUCUGUAUUGACAUGAUCCCAGAUGUGUAGGGGUUUGUUGUCCCACGGACCCAUCAAGUCAGUUGAGCUGAAUCCCUUUCACUUAGACCCAAGCCUUGCUCUGUCCAACUUGCUGGUGCAGGGUCUGGACCGCGCUUAUAUGGGUGGACCGGUGUGAUGGACUUUCAUAGAGCUGUAACUUGGUCUUCCCUCAUGAGUUCAGCUGUGGCCUGAGUAUCCGAGGUCCAAUUGUUAUCAAGUACUAUUUACCCACUCAUUAAUUAUUCCAUGAUUAAUAAGGGGUAAAUCUCGAAGCCCCAAUUAUUACUGCUCGUUUCUAGGAGUGUUUUUGUCAAAACAUCUUCUCUCCGCUUUUACCCAUUUUAAAUUCAUACUUUUGAUUUUAUUCUCGAUUCUUCUUCUUGCGCUGCUUCUGCUAACUUGCUCUCCUUCUCCUCUGUAAUCUCUACUUUCUCGCUUCAAGGUAUGUCUCACUCUUCUCAUGGCUUCCAUUAGAAUUGUUAAUGUUGUGGGUUUGGUGUCCUCUGUUACUCCUUCUUUCCUCUUUAAUUUCUUCUCUAGCGAGUAUGCUGACACCACUAUCUAUAGGAUUAGGGUUCCUCUUCCUAAUGAGAGGAUUGUUUUUCUCAAUCCACCUCUGACGGGCUUAAUAGACGCCCAGCAAAGGCGCAACUUAGUUUUCUUUAUUAAGCAGCGCGAUUUCAAGCUAAAAUUCCCUUUCACCCUUUUCUUUAUUGAGGUCUUCCAUCACUUUGGAGUGACCCCGUAUGUUGUACCCCAACUCUUCCUCUUCAUGUGCUAUUUCAAGUUUGUCUGUUUGUGUUGGGGUUUUGCCCCUCUGUCGCAUUGUUUACCACCUUCUUUCAUUUCUUUAGAUCCAACCAUAAGUUUUAUUAUUUUGGUCCCGGAGAGGGUUGUCUAUUUUUGCCGCGUACAAAGACUCGAUAAAGGGUUGGACUGAGACCUUUGUGGUAGUCGAGCUGAAAGAGAGCUUAGGGAUCAGUUAGGAUGUUAAUCUCUUUUGGUGGGAAGUCCCUCAGGACAACAACGACUUCCUCAGGCAGACUUAGUUGGACUAAGUCUGUCUUCUUCGGCUGACCUCUAUACGGAAGAAGCAUGACGUCAAGAAGUGCAUAUUCAUGUCCAACCUCUGGAACUACCGGAAAGCUGCUUCUGCCAUUCCCAUAGACAACAUUAAGCUCCCAAAGAACUUCUCCAUGUCCUGGGAGAGCAUGAAGGCUAUGCUAGAUGCCUUCAAGGCUGGCAAAACGGUGGCGGAUGUGAUCCUAGAGGUCUUUCAAGUCGUGGCCCCUGCUGCAGUAAAUCGGACUAUUGUCCCUGCCCUAACUUUGGCGUUAGUACCUACCGCAGAGGGUUCUCAAUCUGCAGCUUCUAGGGCCUCCAUCCUUGCUAAGGCGCCGGCUUCAGCCAAAUCUCCGAUAACUCUUAAAUCGGCCUCCAAGGAACCUAUUGCCAUCAGCGAGUCUGCCGAGAGAGGUUCGAAAGAGGGCACUGGGGUUGCCCCUUUGGAUGUCCCACCUCUCCAAGCUGUAGGGGCUAUUGUGAUUGGAGGGGCAGCUAGCAAACGAGUUCGGACCUCAGAGCUUGCGACUGAAGGCAGGGCUCCUAAGCGAGCUCGUGCUACAAGGCCUACAAAGAUAGCCCUUCCCCCCUUCGCUGACAAAGGGAAGAAGGUGGUGGAGCAGUUAUCCUCAACUCUUGACAACGAGCUCUUGAACGCUGCCGAAGUGACUCCUGAAUCUAUGUUGGCCUUAGUAGCCAAGAUGUUUUGUAAUAAAAUGUUUGGGGGGACUCCGGAUGCUUUAGAUCCCCAUUUUCUGGCUCUCAUCAGCCACCUUGCCUACUCCACCAAGCAACAAGCGGCGUUCAGCACUCAUUUCUUAGACGAUCUCGGAGACAGCUUGAGGGAAAUGUUCCUCAUGGUAAGUCAUAUGCUCUUCUCAAGGGUAUUUCUGAGUUCUUUGACUUUCUUAACUUUGUUUUUCUUUUUCUGUGGCAGGCCUUCGGGGUGUUCCUUGAGAUCGACGCAAGGAACCAGUUUUUUCAGAGCUUAGUGGAGCAGCGCAUAACUGAGGAGUGCCGGGAUAAAAACAUCGUUGCAACUGGUGAAGUCAGCGGACAAGUCAUUGAGUUCAAAGGGGUUAAUGAGGACCUCACCAAGCAAUUAGGGGAGAUGAG